UAUUAGCAUUAUGCAUUAUAGAUAUGUCACCUCGUGAUGCCUUUUGGGACACAACGAAUUGGCAUCCUAGCCGAACUAGAUCAGAUACAAUAUUAUUACCGCAUCCUGGUGAAUUGUAGCUGAAAGUUAGGGCCUGCUACGAAAGCACCUACUCUUCAGGUGGCGUGAGUCGCCUAGACCUUGAUUAUCUAUCUGUUCGUCAACACGUUGUCGCUGACAUGGGUGCGACGACCAGCUGGGCGUAGCGCCCCAACGCCCGCGAGCUAUCGUGGGUUCGUGGGAGCAGCUGGCAUCGUGGGAGCAGGACUCCUGUCAGGUAGAUCUAGUAAUAGGAAGCUCAGCUUCGUCGCGUAUAUAUAGCUUGGGACAUCUCCCCUCGUAGCUCACACGGUUUGUAGAUCAAGCCAAUACACCACCUAGAAACUCAUACACUGUAGCCUCCAGCGGGAGUUUCUCCAAGGCAAAAUGGUCGGGAAACGGGAUCUGGGACCUUGCUGCGUCUCCCUACUUGCAGCGCUCGGGAACCGAGUCAUCCUGCCAGGAUCGUCGGACUUCAGCGACUCGCUGUCCGGCUACUAUUCCCAGCAGGAAUCGACCAUCCAGCCGCAGUGUAUAGUCAGGCCUGAGUCUACUGCCGAGGUGUCCUCGGCCCUGAAGACGCUCUCGAGAGUGUCGAAGAACCUUACCCGAAGCGCCGACAAGGCCCAGUGCCGCGUCGCCGUGAGGUCAGGCGGCCACGGCAUCAAUGCCGGAGCGGCUAACAUCCAAAACGGCGUCACGAUCGACCUGAGCUAUCUCAACAGCACUACGGUCAGCAACAAAAAGGUCGCAUCCAUCGGGGUCGGUGCCGCGUGGGACCAGGUCUACGCGCAGCUGGACCCGAUCGGUCUGUCGGUGGCCGGCGGCCGGAACGCGGGAGUGGGUGUCGGUGGUCUGACGACGGGAGGAGGGAUCUCAUUCUUCUCGCCGCGGUACGGUUGGACGUGCGACACGGUGGUGAAUUACGAGGUGGUACUCGCUGACGGGAGCAUCGUGAACGCGAACGAGCGGACGAACCCGGACCUGCUGUUCGCGCUGCGCGGCGGCUCCAACAACUUCGGCGUCGUGACGCGCGUCGACCUGCAGGCCUUCGACCAGGGCAAGCUGUGGGGCGGCAUGAGCUACUACGACCUCUCGACCAUCGACGCCCACGUGGACGCCUUCGUCAACUUCGCCGCCGCCGACAACUACGACGACUUCUCGUCUCUCGUCUUCACGUACGUGCUCUUCAACGGCCAGCCGCCCCUGCUCGCCACCGCGCUCGAGUACACCAAGCCCGAGGAGAACCCGCCGUCGGCGCGCCCCAUCACCAGCAUCCCCGCCAUCCUGAGCACCCUGCGCGUCGCCUCGAUGGCCGAGCUCGCCGUCGAGCUCGCCGCCCUCCAGCCCUACGGACUCCGCCAACUGUACGUGCAGGUGACGCACAAGGCGACGGCGCCGAUGAUCCGAGCGACGUACGACCGGUGGAGGGAGAGCGUGCCGGGGGUGCAGGACGUGCCGGGGAUCGCGUUUGCGCUGUCGCUGGAGCCGCUGCCGCCGUCGAUCUUCGCGCGGGCGGCGGGCGGCAACGCGCUGGGGCUGGAGACGCGGUCGGAGUCGCUGGUGGUGUCGCUGCUGACGGUGACGUGGGCGGACGCGGCCGACGACGCCAGAGUGACGGCGGCGGCGCGCACCCUCAUAGACAACAUCGCCAGCGACGCCCGCCGCCUCGGCGCCUACGACCCCUUCGUCUACCUCAACUACGCCGCCCCCUGGCAGAAGCCCGUCGACUCCUACGGCUCCAAGAACGUCGCCCGCCUCCGCAAGAUCCAGCGCGCCUACGAUCCCACCGGCUUCUUCACCAAGAACGUCCCUGGCGGCUUCAAGAUCCCUGCCUGAGCGGGGGCGGCAGCUCUACCCCGAUGGAAGACACAAGAGCCAAGUGGUGCCUGAUAGGGGGUUUGGCGAAUCCCCAGUAUUAUUCGGGGUGCAUGGCAAAGAAGAGGAGAGAAGAGCGAGGAGGGAGAGGACAGCGUUUCCCGGAACGGGAUUAUGGAAUCUGUACAAAACGCGAGUGUGGAAUACGGGACUGUGUACAUAAUUCACUAACGGCUACGGUAAACCCGUUUAUGAAAGUAUAUAAUACCUACCUCCUUCUUAUAUGUCGAUAC